GCCGAUACAAAGGCAAGCAAGGAAACACAACAACAACAACAACAAAACUGAGAGCGCGAGCAGACUCAGCAAACUUAAGAGUGAAGAGUGAAGUUGUGGUGAAGUUAGGCAGCAGUAUGGCGAGUAUUGGUGCGCCAGUGUGUGUAGUGAGGCGGUACAAACCUGAAGACAUGGUGGCUGCACAAGACAUAGUGGGCAAAGCAGUAAUGGAAACCGUCACUGAUUACUUUUGGAGUGCCGUUUUAUCAGAGGUCCUCCCGCAGGUUGCUCUUCUUACCAUUGCUUUCUCCUACAUUGGAUUGGGAAUACCCUUCUACUUCUGUCUGCUUGGAAUCCCCACAGCUGUAGUAAUCAUCUAUGCUGUCAUCUGGCUGGCUCACAUGUCUAAGGCGUUGGAGGUGGGACAGGAGAUGACCAACAUCCCACGGCUUUUCCUGGAACACUCUGACUGCUGUUUCUGGGUGGCUGAGGUGCUGGAGUGCUCAGAAGCAAGUGAUCUUGAUGCUUUGAUGAAUAAAAUGAAAAAGGUUGAGUAUCAUUUUAUGGGUGAAGAGGAAUCAAGUGCCAGGGAGGCCGAGCUGCAGGGAAUAAGGAGACAUGUGGUGGGCAUUUUAGGACUCACUAAGUCUAGGAGAGGUGGAAUGAAAGGUUGGUUACGACACUUGGCUGUUAAGAAAGCUUACAGACUCCGUGGUAUUGCUCAGCAACUCUUGGAUGAAGCCAUUCAUUUCUCCACUGAGCAUUGCUUGAAUGAGAUUGAGUUAGUUGCAACAGAGUGUCAUCACAAGGCGCGAGAGCUAUUCUACAAGAAGGGAUUUGAAGUCCAGCACACUUACUUCAAAUAUUACUUCAAUGUACAGCAACCUUUUUACAUCUUUAGCUUGCCUGUGAAGCCCCCCAAGGCUGAACUGUCAGAAAUAUCAUCAUUGUAAUCUUCAUGUAAAUAUUGUACAUCAUGGUCUACUUGAAAGUGAUUAACUUCCUAUUGCAGUGCACAAUCAACACUGAAAUUGUUCAAAUACAUAAGAACUUAGUAAAAGUGACAAUGUUGUUCAUGAUGAUGAAAUUGUUAUAUGAUGCCACCCUCCAUUUUUUCUAAUAUGGCAGUGUCUGUCGUUGUUUAAGUAUGUUAUAGAUAACUAGAUCUGAAAAGUUUUAUACCAAGGUAUUUAUUGAAAGACCUUAACUUUUACUUAUAAAUCACAUCUUGAAAUAUAGAGCUGCAAAGAAUCUCAAUUACUUCAAUACUUUAUAGAUAUCUUAAAUUGAUCAUCUUUCUGGAACUUCAGAAGAAAAACUGAUGUAGAUCUAUGAACAAUGUACUCACGGUGAAGGAGGAUUGUCUAGAUCUAGAGGAAGUGUUGUAGUGAUUUGUGCUAUUACUAAGUGUAAGAAUAAUGUUUUAAGAAGUGUUAUCCUUGUUGCUAUUUCUCAGAUUUCUAUUUUUAUAUUUCUCAUCUUUUUAAGCUUCAAUGUAGCAUGUGUGAAGGUCAUACAUUAUAUUAUACGUGUGAUAUUUCUUGGUCAUCAGUCUUCCAUUCACUUACUGAAUAACAAUGUGACUAGAUCUGACACAUGGAACUGAUUGGCACUUCUCAUUAAUUCUACAAGACUAGUUCUUUCUGGACUACCUUCAGGUUAUUUUUGGUUUGAGACUCUCUCUCUCUCUCUCUCUCUCUCUCUCUCUCUCUCUCAUUCAAAGAUAGAUCAGAUUCAUUGUAUGUAAUGAGUAAUUUAAACCAUCGUGUGCUUGAGGAUCACAAAUUUCAUUGUUAUAAUGAACAUUCUUCCAUCAUUGUUCUUUCAUUCAUACACAAAUUCAUCUCAAGAUUAGCAUUUGUUUUGUUGUGGCCGACAUGUUGAACUCUUUUUUUUAUUUUCAUGAACAUAGCAACAUAUUUUUUGAUGCUUCAUGGGCAGCUUAUUAAUUUUUGUGGAGUUUUAGAUUUGUCUGAUAACAAAAUAUAAUGCAUUUAUUUUGUAACUUUAGAUAUUGAGUUAAGAUUUUUUAUAAUUCUUAUACUCUUUACGUAUUCAGACUGACUUGUUUAUUUUCGGGGAAAAAUGGACACCAUUAUCUCAUCUUUUUUGUGUGUUGCUUUGAAGGUUUAUAGGAAACUGAUGUAGUGAAUUAAUGAUUUUAAUAUACUACAUUGCUAGGGAAAUCAUAGAUAUAUUGUAUAUUUAUAUUACUACCUAAGUUUUAGGAAAACAAACUUAUUGUGGUUCAAUAUCAGUUUCCAGUCUUAAUGCUGAAAUUAACAUUGUGCAAAUACACUAUGAGACAAUCUUUCUUAUGGGCCAGGUGUAAACCUUUGCAUCCUCUUCCUCCUCCUCUUUUUUUUUUCUCUCUCUCUCUGCCAUUUAAUUAUCUCAUGGAUCUUCUGUAAUGGAUCUACCAAGAAUAAAUAAGAUUUAUAAGA